AUGAAGACAAGGUCGAUCGUCUUUCUGCACAACACCUUCUGUAUUAAUAUCAUUUUAUUUCUCGGUAUAUUUGCUGUGAAUUCCUCUCUCUAUAUCUCUUCACCGAUCUCUCUCUCUCUCUCUCUCUCUCUCUCUCGCUCAGCCUCUCUCUUUCUCCCUUUCUCCUUAUAUUUGAUUACCUUCUAUCUUGCUAUCUUGGUUGUACAUCACAGUUUGUCUCUUUCUUUCUACAUUUCACGAUGUCUCUCUCUCCGUCUGCCUGUCUCUCUCUCUCUCUCUUUUUUACUGACUCGCUGUUUUCUUUAUUUUUCUAUUAUAUUCGCUUUUUUCAAUCCCUCCAUCUCUCUUUCUCUCUUUCUCUCUCUCUCUCUCUCUCUCUGCUUAGUUAUAUGCGUUUUCUUUCGUUUCGCUAUCUAUCUAUGUAUCUAUCUAUCUAUGUCCAUGCCUCUAUCAAUCUGUUUACAUCUAUCUAUCUAUCUAUCUAUCUAUCUAUCUAUCUAUCUAUCUAUCACAAACUGCUCAUACCUCUCUCAAUCUGUUCAUAUUUAUCUAUUUAUCUAUCUAUCUAAGUAG